AUGGCAGAGGAAGAGACUAUUGGACUUACAAGACUUGAAAAAGAACUAUCCGAUAUUCAAGAAAUAAAACUCAAACUGUAUAAAUUGGAGGAUGCCGGGAAAAGCAAUGCGAAUAAAUGGUUGGUAUCGCUAUUCCCGGAUCGAUGGCCAUACAACGUUGGUGGUUACAAAGUAGAAAUCGAAUUCACGAAGGAAUACCCAUUUAAACCACCGAAAAUCAAAUUCCUCACCAAGGUGUACCAUCCUAAUGUCAACGAAAAUGGAGAGGUGUCACUAGCCAUGGCAACUAAAGAGAACUGGAAGCCAUCUAUCAAGAUUGAUCAAUUGUUGACGGCACUCGCAGAAUUACUCUGCUCGCCACAGCUUGGUUGUGUACUUCGUCCCGAUUUAGCUGAACUAUAUAUCAAAGACGUUGAUACGUACAAUAAGAAUGCGUUAGAAUUCUGUAAACAUUACUCUGAAAAACAAACUCAAUGUUAA